GGAGCCACACCUGUUGUUCAAAAUGGCAACAGUGAAAAGCUGGAAAUCGCGCGCAGAGGUUUAAUGGUAGAGAUUUUCUGCAAUAAAUUCCAGCUGCCCGUAUUUCUUCUUCUGUGAUGACGUUGCGAAGCUUGAGUUUUCCGUUUUGUUCGUCUCCUUCCCCAUAAUUCUUUCCCAUCAAACUCUGCAAAAACCUUGUCUUUUUGUAAUACACUACGCGACAGUGACAAGAGCUGCUUUCUGCAUUCGCCCUUUUCGAUUUCAAGUUUCAGUUCAGCAUUCGAACUGUUAUCACGAUAGUUAAUUCCUUCAUGUUUUUCGUGUUCCCCUUUUGUGUGUGAUGAAAUUCAAAUUUCUUACUAUUUUCUGCCUCCAUAUUUUUAGGGAUUUUGUGAAAUGUAAAUGUGUUAUGCUUCUGGUUAUCUCUGUAGUUUUAUUAUUUAAACCAAACACAUUAUUGGUUUUGUUUUGGGGAUACAAAUUUCUACUGGGCAACAUUCAAUUCUAGUGGCAAUUGGACUUUACAAACUAGAGAGGCUAUCUCUCGACUCACUUUUAUCACUCGUGUUUAACUUCCACACUGAAGUUUUCUCUCACUAUAUUUUCUCACUCUCUAACACUUCUUUCACAAUGCACAUAUUUAUAGCCUCCAUUUGUUGAUUCCACCUCACAUUCCAACUUUCUCAAAGUUAUUCCACCUCACAUCCCAACUUUCUCAAAGUUAAUGGGGCUGCACUUUCCUCUUUGGUGGUGGCAAAGUUGUGGUGGUGGCAAACAACUUUCUCAAAGUUGUGGUGGUGGAGCCUCCAUGUUUUGGCUAACAUUUGAUUGGAUAUUUCUUGACAAAUAGUUGACAUAAGCUACCACUUGUGAUUGCAAUUAUAAUUCAUGUGCUUCUGUGAUUACCUAUGCCUAAUGCUAGAUGAUUAAGCUUUUGCAUUUGUUUUACCUUUCUUCAGAUUGAAAGAAAUGUCAAUGAGUGAGGUACUGUCGAGGAUGCAACCAUAGUUGAUGUAGACCGCUGUUGAUACCCUUCGUAUGGAAACAUGAUUAUACGUUCCUCUACCCCGGAGAUAGUAUGUUUGCAGUGUGGUGACGUAGGAUUCAGUAAUGCAUUUGUGUUCUGUGUCAAAUGCCUCAAAUUUGCUGUGCAUCGCUAUUGCCUUAAUGUCAUACCGAAGUCACUCGAUGAAUUUGUUCGAUGGCUUUGUGAUGAUUGUGAAGCUGAGGAGCAAAACCAACGGCCCCUCCUAAAAAAUGAUGCCAUUCGCCACAAAAAAAGAGAUUUCACAACUUCAGAGCAUAUUCAAGGUGACACUGGAACGGGAACGAAGAAAAAUGGUACAGUGGCACUUACGAGAGAGGAGCCUGCUCCUCAAUCUUAUGAUCCGUGUGCAAAGAUCGACUUGGUUGAACGUUCUGUACCUGACAGUGACUGUCACGCUGUGGGCUUGGGGAUGAUAGAUGAGGAGGCUAUCGUUCUUUCAGCAGCAGAUGCAAGCAAAAGACGUGAACAGAGCUCUUCCUGUAACUUAUCAGCUGAUACAUCUCAGAGAGACAUUGCGAAUGCAGCAACUGGCAUGAGAAAGGACCAGCAUACACCUUGUGAUAACUCCUCAGCAACCAAGGAAAUGAAGGCAAGUAAGGCCUCUUUGAAGAGAGGUCAUGUCCUGCAUCAUCAUGGAUCGGAUCCUGAGACUACUGCAGCACCGCCUCGUUUCUCAUCAUACAGUGGAUCUUUUGGAAUUUCAAAGAAGAUGAAACCCGACAUGCCUUCUCCAGCUAAUCUCAAGGACCAAGAGUGUAAACCUCUCUUUGCUCAACAUCUCAAGAAACACGAAGGGAUCGGCGUAGGAACUCCGCGUUCUGACACGACUACUGAGAGAAGGAGCAUCAACCUAAGCAGAGAAUCCGGAGUUACUAAAGAUAGGAGAAGCCCCGCGUCCAACCAUAGUUAUUCUCGCAAUGGGUUUUCAAAGGAUUCAACAAUCUCACCAGUGAUUGGUUGCAGUAUUCGUUCUGAACCAGUCAUGCAACCAAUUUGGAGGGGAAGUUUCAAUAUAUCCAACCACGAAGGCGAUAUGCUUGAGGACGUCAUGGCUCACAUGUCUAUUGAGGCAUGCCAGAAAGUAAACGACGAGACAUGCCAGUUCAAGCCGGUGCUUCAAUUGGAAAUGCUGCCCAGGUCACAUGUUUGGCCAAAAAGUUUCGGAGAUUCAGAAUCGAGUGCUGGAAACAUCGCACUCUAUUUCUUUCCAUCCGAGAGAAGUGAGCGGUUUUAUGAUGACCUCGUCAAUGAAAUGAUGGAAGAGGAACUCGCUUUGAAAGCCAUUGUUAAGAAUGCUGAGCUUUUGGUGUUUCCUUCAACGAAACUGCCACUAUCACACUGGAGAUUUCACGGCAAAUAUUAUCUGUGGGGGGUAUUUAGGGAAAAGCAGGCUCCGGCGUUGCGCACUUGGUCGAGGCAGAACCCGGUGAUGCAUAGAGAUCGUGUAGAUGAUAAUGGCGCCAUUGCAUCAAUGAAUAGAUUUGGUCGUCAGAGGCCCCUUAGUCCAUUGCGCAACUGCAGUAGAUAUGGUUCACGCAUUUCUUAAACCAUAGUGAAUAUCUAGGUCAAUAUAUUUUGUCUCUUCAAAUGUGUAAAAUCUCUGCUUUUCUUUUUACUUCUGUUAGGGCGGUUGUAUGGUGUAUCUAGAAAAGCAAUUUUUACACUGCCUCAUCAAAUGAAACUUUUUUGUACCUAUCUCUAUAAUGAUAAAUCAACUAGUAUUGCACCAAUCGCUGUUAAUAUUUUAUUCCCUCUUUUCCAUCAUAAA